AUGGUCCACGUAGUCUGUCUCAGUGCAGCAAUGUCCGUAAAAAAUAUGGAAGCUCUGAAUACAGCCAACAUCAUGCUGGCUCUCAUAUUGACUUUCGAAGACGGGCGCGAAAGGCUUCUCUCGAAAAACUACAGCGUUUCAAUUCUCCAUAGCAGUAACCUGGCAAUUCUUUUCCGACUGAAGUCAGAAAUCGUGAAUAUUAACGAUCACUUCACCUCCAGGUACAAUGAUCAGAUUUUCUCGAUCAUUUCUGAAGUGUUGCGCUCGCACGUAUAUCUGCCGUUACCUGUACCUGCUGGCGCGCAGACCAACCGACCGAUGAUCAGGCUACUGCCAGAUCGAAUAAUUUUCGCCACGGAUUUCGUCUUCAAAGGAGGAUGA